UCAAUAUUAUCGCAUAUGCAUUUUAUGAUCGUGUCAUUGAUUCUAAGACAACGGGCUACCUGUGUCUCGCCCAGCGGUGUUCCACGUAUCCAAGAUGGCGGGCCAAAAAGCACUGUUUUCAACUUUCUACCAAGAUAUCUCCUGACGCUUCCACAGAAGAAGUUCUUAGCUGUUACUUGGGAUAAAAUGGACUUUUCGAAGUUUUCUAAUGACAAUUUUGACGUCAAGGAGUGGGUGAAUUCAGCGUUGCGCGCCCGCGAUGACAAGAUCCCUGUUGAUGCCCAUGCCUCCACGCUUGUCAUGAAGCUUCAACUUUUCAUUCAGGAAGUAAAUAAUGCCCUUGAAGAAACCAGCGUGCAGGCAGUUAACAAUAUUCCAAGAGUUGUGAGAGAAAUAGACAAUGUCCAGCAUGAAGCGUCUCUUUUGAGGGAACAGAUGCACAUGGUCAAGGAGGAUAUUAAAAAGGUUGAAGAGAACACUGCUCAGUCGAUGAAAAUGCUGAUGGAAUUGGACACAGUCAAGUCUCACAUGCAAGCGGCGUCCCAAGGGCUACAGGAGGCUGAUAACUGGACUACCCUCUCAUCCGAUGUUGAUAAAGUGUUUGAGUCUGGCGAUAUCAUAGCUAUAUCAGAUAAACUUGUUGGAAUGCAUAAGAGUCUGAAUGUACUCCAAGAUGUCCCAGAUUAUGCAGAGCGUCGUCGCAUGCUUGAAGGAUUAAAAAACAGACUGGAAGCCUUGUUGAGCCCAAAGAUCGUGGCUGCCUUCAACAACCAUUGUCUAGAUGAAACCAAAAGUUAUGUCAAAAUAUUUACUGCUAUCGACAGACUUGACCAGUUACAGAACUAUUACAUCAGAUGUCAUAAGACCAAGCUGCAACAGGCGUGGAACAAUACUCGGACAGAAGACCCCAAUCGACCUAUGGUAGACUGGUUAGCCACCUUUUACGAUGUUAUACUCUCGACAUGGCAUACUGAGGUCACGUGGUGUAGUCAAGUCUUCCCUGAGCCUGGGACGGUUCUGUGUGUUCUUUUGACCCAGGCCCUUACCCACCUGACCCCGUCUCUACCGCAGUGUAUCACAGAGUACAUCAAGGAUGAUGAUAACGUACUGGUGCGACUCAUUGAGCUUAGACAGGUAUCCACAAGGUUUGCCCUCGGCUUAGAAACAGCCAUCAAUCAACAACAAUCAAAGUGCAAUCCAGCAUCCAUCACUACCCUCGUGGAUGCUGUCUUCUCCCCCUACACCCACUACCUACUAGACUACCCCUCCCUCCAGCAGACACACCUCUCCUCCCGGCUACAGGGGAUACCCCUCAGGGUGGAGGGGUUCCUGGAGAUGGCAGGGCUGAUGGCGGAGUCGGUAGAUCAUGUAUUCUGCCUGGCUGAUGAGGCUGUCAAUCACUGUGUUCUGCUUACUGAUGGUUAUGCUGCCUGCUGCCUUUGUCAGGUGCUUGAGGAGUUCUUCAGCGCUUAUGCUGGAAGUCUGGGAGAAUGUAUAACACAUCUCAGGCAGCAGUGUCGACUGGAUCAGGAAUCCUCCCCCCUCCCCCCCUCAGAAGAAAUGCAUGAGGACUGGACUCUCUUUCAGAAUGCCUUCCGGUUAAUCCAGAUCUGUGGUGAUCUGAUGAUAAGGCUGCGGUCACAUGACAGGAACUUGCGUGAUAUGUUGACCUCAUGUGGCAGCGACAUCAGUGGCAAAGGGACUGGUGACCGGUCCAGGCCCGCUCGUCCCUUCAAAUGGUACAACUACUUGCAGAAGGAGAGGCCAACUGACUUCAACACUUUACUCGAGUUUAUACAGAAACUUCAGACAGCAGAUGAUGGCAACAGUGAUGUGACUAUCCUACAGACCGUGCACGAACAGAUGCAGGCACUGAACGAGCAGGCUCACAGGCUGGCAUUUGACAUCACGUUCGUCCCAAUUCGUCAGCAACUGGAUGUCAUGCCACGUCUUGAGGUCUGGUCAGCGGUAUCUGCAGAGUCGGGCUCAGCUUUAAGAAGUGAACUGCCGAUCUUCAGCCUCUCACCGCAGGGCUACAUAACCCACAUUGGCGACCAUUUGCUAACCCUGCCUCAGCAGCUUGAACCGUUCAUCACCCAAGAAAACAUGGCACUGAGCACAGCUAUGAAAAUGGGCAAACUGCCCUACCCUCCCGACCCUGGCAGUCGUGAGGAGGACCCCGCUAGCCAAUGGCUCGGUUCUAUAGCCCGCGGCACAAUGCAUACGUAUGUCGAGGGGAUUCUCCGACUGCACCAACUCACAGCUUAUUCCUGCCGACAAAUGAUCGCUGAUAUUGAGUACCUCUGUAACGUGCUUGAAGCCCUUGAAGUAGAACCUACGCCAGACCUGAAAGGCAUUGAUCUGUUGUUACGUGCCAGUCCUGACGAGUUUCAUGACAUAGCCGCCGAGCACAACGUUCAGGACAGAAUCCAGAUAGCUCUUUCAGGGAUAAGGAAAAUACGCUGACGAAAUGUGGGCUUGGAAGAAUACAGAUAGCUCUUCCAAGGAUGAGGAAAAACACUGACGAAAUGUGGGCUUGGAAAAAUACAGAUAGCGUUUAGUAAGGAAUGUACACAAAAGGACAUGAAAUACAAAUGAAAUACAGAAAUAUAAACUGAAA